GUAAAUAGAAAACAAAGUAUCCAUUUUUUUUUACUUAAUUGGCCACCGAUCGUGUUUGCCUAACCAGUUGAGUUAACUCACUCAAAUUUUACCGCAACGACAAGAGAAGGGGGCAAAACACAACCACCUCCGUUCAACACCGGCGAAACACAGUUCCAACCACCGGAAAAAGUAACAGAAUGUUUCUUAGAAGAAUUGGUGCUGCAUUUCCUCUAUCGAAAAGGUUCUUCAGCUCUUCUGUUAUCCAUGACUAUGCAAGUUCCAUUCAAGAACUCAAUAAGGAAAUGGAAUCUGUAUUUGGGGAACUUCCACCAGAUGAACUACCUACCUCUGUAAGCAAUAGUCCUGCGAGUAGCGAACCUCAUGUGCCAUCUCGAAGCAUAGGUGAAACUAAAAGUUCUUUUGAAUUGACUCAUACUGGAAAUUCAGGAGAAGCUCAAAUGGUGGAUGUGUCUCCGAAAGAAAGCAGUAAGAGAACCGCCACUGCUGUUUGCAAAGUAGUUCUUGGAAAGAAGGUGUUUGAUUUGGUAUUAGCCAAUCAGAUGGCAAAAGGAGACGUGCUUACGGUAGCGAAGAUUGCUGGUAUAACUGCUGCAAAACAAACCAGUAACUUGAUUCCGUUGUGCCAUAACAUAGGUCUUUCGCACGUGCAAGUUGAUUUGAGAUUGAAUCAUGAGGACUUUAGUGUAACAAUAGAAGGGGAAGCUGCUUCAAUGGGAAAAACUGGGGUUGAGAUGGAAGCAAUGACAGCAGUGUCGAUUGCUGGCUUAACGGUGUAUGAUAUGUGCAAAGCUGCUUCAAAAGGUAUAACAAUUACGGAUAUAAGACUGAAACAUAAAUCCGGUGGAAAAAGUGGAGAUUAUUCAUGGGGACAAUAGUGGUUUUGAUUUUGAAGCAUUUCGUCCGAUUGAUACAUAGGAACACAUCAAGAAUGUUAUUCCUUGAAUGUGGGUGCAUCAUUUCUGGAGCUGGCUUAAUGAAGCAUAAUUUGAUAUCUGGUCUUUUACUUGCACCACCAUAUACAGUCAAAUUUCAGGUAAACCAUGGUAUAGUUUGAUUGCCUCCGAUUACAUUAUCACUUGUAAAUUAGGAUUUAUUUAGCUAUUUGAUUUAGAAUUUUAAUGGUAUAAUGAGAUUAAUUGUUUGCAAAUAAAUCAAUAGUUGAUGUUACCUCUACAUGCAUGACAAACUAUGAAUGGAUUAAAAUAUCAGAUAUUG